GGACGCUAUCUUUGAAGUGCACUCAUAUUUAAAUAAAAAAAAUAUACAUCGUACCCUGUGUAUACAGUACAUUUUUCCUUAUACAUACAUACAUAUGAAAUGUACAUGAACAUGUACAUAUGAAUACAUGUACACAUCUAUACAGACAAAAAACUUGCUCGAGGUCAUUAUUUUAGUCCGGACGGCAUUUAAUAAAAUUGUUUUCUUACACAAGUUUAGACCGUUAUUUAAAAUUUGCUUGUAAGGCAUUCAACUUGUAAAACGUGUAUACAUAACUAAAUAAUUGAAGAAAACUAGUAACAAGUAAAUUUGAGUAACUAUUAAAAUGGAUGCUAAUUCAACAGUUAUCGAGAAUGUGACAAGUGUCAAAGAAACUGAUAGUUCUGAAUCGGUUGAUGUUUCUGAUGCUGAGACGAUGGAAAAAAGGAUGGAGUCCUCAAAUAUGAAAAAAUAUAAAUCUGAUGAAUCUAUCAUUGAAACUUCUAUGAAAUCCACUGAAGAAAUAGUUGAAUGUCAGCAGGAUGAUACAACUAGAAAUGAGGAGUCCGAAGAAAUAACAACUACAGACGAACAAGUUAAUAAUAGUAAAACCUUAACUACAGAAACAGAAGAGGUCAGUGUCAAAGAAAAUACAGAUCAAGAAAAUCUGAAAUCCGAAAUAAAGAUAGAAACCAAUCUAGACAAUACAAAGGAUAUGGAAAUUAUAAAAGAAUAUGAAAAAGAUAUUAAGAAGGAAACAAACAAUAUAGAGUCUGAAAAUGAAAAGGGUGAAAAUACAUUGGAACAGUCUGGGGAAUCGCUCGCUACAGAUCUCUCUAAAGUAACUGAAAAUAAUGAAGAAGAAAACGAAGAAGAAGAAACUCGUGAGCUAUCUGAGGACUCUUUUCCUGAAGUGGUGGAAACAGAAAACAAAAUUAAAGAAGUCGAAAACGUUAAUUUAGAACCAGCGGAUCAUUCGGAAAAAUCUGAGCCUCUUAAAAUUGAACAAGUUUCCGACGGAAUAACUAAUUCAAAAAAAGAUAUCAAUAACCAAAUUGAGCAUAUUAUUUCGGAUAUUGAUAUCAAUAUUAAAGCUCAAGAGAAAAUUACACAACUAAAAGAGCAGGAGCUUCAACUUCUUCAAAAACAGAAGGAACUGACUAACCAAAUUCAUCAGCAACAACUUUUGGCUCAAAAGUUAAUAGCUGAAAACCAGUUGAGGGAGCAGGAGCUCGAAGUAGAUCAGAGAAAUCGGCAAUCUAAUGAAUGCCAAAGACAAGCUCCAUUUAAAGAGGCUCCAACUCUGUCACAAGAAUACCCAAGGAGCCAUGCCCAAUCAAUUAAAGAAGACCAUAAGCAAAUGUAUCAGGGAUCUUACGAUGUGAAGGAAACAACUAGCGAGUCAAGGACCGUUGACUUAAGGAAAAUAUUUACCCCAGCUACAGAUGCUCCCGAAAUAUUGCCGAGAAACCGAAAACUAUAUGCUUCAUCAGCAUUUUAUUCUCCAACACUGCAUCCUACUGUGGAGGACCAGGUUGAGCUAGCCCGCCGAAUCUCACAUUCAUUGAGUGACAUAAGCAACCAAAAAUCUAAAGGCCAAUCAAUGUAUGUGAAUCGGAAGAAACGCUCAGUCAAAUGGGUUCAUGAAAGUUGUGGCCAAGAUGACGAUACAUUAGAAAGUCAUACGUUAUAUAAAGAGAAUUCUGAAUCGGAUUUAUCGCAAGAACUAACCAAACUGGACAAAAUGCCAUUAAAGCUAAUAAUGAAUCCACGAGGGCAAGUCCGCGACUAUAAUUCACUUAAAGACUCAAUAAAUAUUGAAACUGGUCUUUUAUCGCCUGAUAAUUGUGCUGAGCUAAUACAUGCGCUACAGCUACAUAAAGGCCGAGGAGCUGAGCUCUUCGCAAAACGUCGCAAAAAGGCUGAUAAUUGGGUAAUUGAUGAAACAAAUGCAGGUACUCACAGUCCAUCUGGCAUUCCAGAUUACCAGCAGUAUCAGGCGAAGCCCUUAACCUCUCCAAAUAUAUUACCAGCGUACUCUGAUGCUGGCAGGCAUCGCGUGCAACUUAACAUGCAUCAAAAUCAGUUGAUUGAGAAAUACUCAAAGCCCUGUAUACAGGUUGUGAAGUCUCCCUGGGAGGCUGCCCUUCACUCCGGUUCAGCCAGCACUGCAUUCGUUGAAGAUGAAAAUUAUCGAAGCCAAACGCCCCUGGCAUCAGUGGCGUCGCCAGUGCAUUUAAAUCAAGAUGUCCUUGAUAAUGGGGAAUCGCACGAAUCAAUUGCGCGAAUGGAUUCACAAAAGAGUCCAACGGUAUCUACAGGACCCAUCAAUCCACAAAGGGAGCUAGCUUACAAGCCAAGCGUGGCCCAAGGCUGGGGAGGCAGAAACGUUGAAUUGCCAAAAGAAGAUAAGUUGAAUGUUGCAGAGUCUUUUGGGGAAACCAAUUAUCAAGAAUAUAUGGAUUUGGACGAAUAUAGUUUUCACCACAAUCCGCUUCAGCGGUCAACGCUGGGCAUUGAAGAGUCUAUUGGACCAUCGCCUUUUAUUCUUAUAGAUGUGAAUCAAAGACUACAGAAACUUGAGCAAUUUCAAAAAUAUUUUUUGGAAAUGCAAAUGAGAAACCAAACGAUAACUAAUCAGCGACAAUGCAUCCUUGAGGGGUGCAACAAUAAUCGCAAUAUACAGUCUCCUACGCCAAUGCAAAAUCAAAAUAUUCAUCAAUUGAAUGUCUCUGUAGGAAAAGAAAGUAAAAAUGCAUCUGAUGUCGAACCUGUUAAUGUUCGGGAGUUAAUUUACUCAUUUGAGAAACAGACGUUGAAUGAGCUAGAAGACGAAACGCGUAUUAAAGUUGUCACCAAUAGAACAAUGUUGCCUGCAAUUAAGCAAGACCCUGAGAAUACAAAUAAUAACGAAGGAUCUAUUUUAGAACAUCACAUUGAUAGAACUGAUGCUGAAGGACUUUAUGUGCCAAAGGAAAUCGCUCUGGCUAGUUAUGCCCCUCCACCAGCUCAAGCGAGAAAUCCAGAUUUUCAAUGCUCAACAAAUGAUAAUCAGUCGAUUAAUCGAUAUUCAGCAUCAAACAGCAAUGAUGCAUUUAACGGAUUUCCUUUAUUUAAUUCCACAUCUGGCCUGUAUUCAAAUGUGCCGCCGAAGCAACAGCUUUAUUCACCAUCUAGUUAUCAGAAAGUAGCUCCAAACUGUACGCAAACAGGAGGACAAUGUAAUUUCAGCCCAUCUCCAUUGUCUUUUGAGAAGCUCUCUAAGUUUCAGGGAUCACGCAAUGAAUCGAUCGCCUCCGGAUGUGUUGAUGUUGGCAGCAGCUCUACUUUCUUAUCAAAGCCGCACUUAGCAGCGCCGCACUUUACGGCUUAUAAGCCAUCAGGACUUAGUAUGUCCUCGCAAUCUUCUGAAAAGAGCUUCAAUAACUGUGCGCGUGGCUGGAGCACCGGUCACGCAUCCCGGUUUCCUUCAAAAAAUCAUGUUCAGCGAAAUAUCUUUUACCCAAAGGUGCACGAGACGGCAGCAAAUAGCCUACCAUACUCCGAUUUUUAAAUUCUUUUAAAUGCGAUUUACGAUUUACGACAUGUUUUAAUUAUUGUGUGUUUUUAUAUAUACAUGUGUAU